AUGGCGUCUCUACGAGUCACAUCGUCUGCAUUCUCACGCAAAGUGCUCGCAACAAGUCGCACACGACUACAAGUGGCCGCGUUAUGCACGAUCACUACUGUCAGGCCGUUAGCGCCCAGCGUGGCCGGCCCGUUGAGUGCAAAGCUAUCCACAACAAGGCAACUACGCUGGAUGUCGACUGAGAAACCAAGCUCUCUUGCACCGAAGAUCGAACGGGGCGGGUCCAAAUUGUUCAAGGAUGCGGAUUCGGCAGUGGCAGAUAUCAAGAGCGGAUCGACCAUUCUGAGCUCUGGGUUUGGUCUCUGUGGUGUUGCGGAAACUUUAAUCAAUGCGAUGCACCGUCGGGGUCCUGAUCAAUUGCACUCACUAACCGCCGUGUCGAAUAAUGCUGGUGCACCAGGCAAGGGCGGGUUGUCGACAUUAACACAUGCGGGCCAAGUGAAUCGCCUGAUCUUGUCGUACCUAGGGAACAACAAGGCCCUCGAGAAAAAGUAUCUCACCGGACGGAUUGCGAUUGAGCUGUGUCCCCAAGGCACGCUUGCGGAACGACUUCGAGCCGGAGGUGCAGGGAUUCCGGCCUUUUUCACGCCCACGGGCGCACAUACUUUUGUUCAGGAAGGGAAAAUUCCUGUCCUCAUGGACGAGUCGGGCAAGGUAAUUGAGUCGGGCAAGCCGCGUGAGACGCGAGAGUUCAAUGGUAAAACUUACUUGAUGGAGACUGCUUUGACUGGCGAUGUUGCUAUUCUCCGCGCGUGGAAGGCCGAUGAGGCCGGAAAUUGUGUUUUUCGGUACACCACGAAAGCAUUUUCACCCAUCAUGGCCAAAGCGGCCACCCUGACAAUUGUGGAAGCUGAGAACAUCGUGCCCCUUGGUUCAAUCGAUCCCAACGAUGUGGACCUGCCUGGCAUUUUCGUGGAUCGCAUUGUGCCUGCCACCGAUGAGAAGCAUGUUGAGAUCAGGAAAUUGCGCGAGAAUGAGUCAAACCAGACCAACGGUGUCGUGAAGGACGCAGCGCAGGUCGAGAGAGAACGUAUUGGCCGCCGGGCAGCCAAAGAGCUGAAGCAUGGAUACUAUGUGAAUUUGGGUGUGGGUAUCCCCACCCUUGCUCCAUCUUUCUUGCCAAAGGAUGUCAAGGUUUGGAUUCAAUCAGAGAAUGGUAUUCUUGGCAUGGGCGCAUAUCCAACCGAGGAGGAGGUUGAUCCGGACAUCAUCAAUGCCGGAAAAGAGACUGUGACACUAGUCCCCGGCGCCUCAACCUUUGAUAGUACCGAGUCAUUUGGAAUGAUCCGUGGUGGACAUGUCGAUGUCUCGAUUCUAGGGGCCCUCCAAGUAAGCGCCAACGGCGAUCUAGCCAACUACAUGAUCCCCGGCAAAGUGUUCAAGGGCAUGGGCGGUGCAAUGGAUCUUAUUUCCAACCCUGAUCAGACCAAGAUCGUUGUUGCAACAAGCCAUGUCGCCAAAGACGGAUCGCCGAAGAUUGUCCAAAAGUGCAGCCUGCCACUGACGGGCGCGAACGUGGUCAGCACGAUUAUUACGGAUCUGUGUGUCUUCCAGGUGAACAGGGCAACAGGUGAACUCACGUUGACGGAGCUGGCUCCGGACGUGGAGGUUGAGGAGGUCCGCAGCAAGACCGACGCUCAAUUUGUCGUUGCAGAAAAUUUGGAGAUCAUGGAUUAG